AUGGAUGAAUACCGUUCAUAUUGCCUCAUCUUCUCUCCCAUUUAUCAAACAUCCACUCCACCCGAUCUAAAAGGUUAUUACCUCCAUCAAUAUGGAGUUAGGUUGGAGCCUUAUCCAGGAGUACCAGUAAAAAAGCGAGUCUCUAAAGCAGAUGUUUGCCCUAUUCAGCAAUCGAGCCUGCGUUUGUGCGGUUCUCGAGAAAAUAAAAAGGCGCAUCGUUGCUACUCCACUUGUGAACCUCCUCUCCUUUCCAGUUUGAUUGCGGGCUGGCAGACCACAAUCGCCAAGGAAGCCAGCAGUAGCAACCACCUUCUACAGCUUCCCCAACAGCCAAUGGCAGGAGCCAAACGGAACAAGAAUACUUUAGUCGAACCCAUUGCCCAAUGCCGUAUCUCUCGACCUCGUUCUCAGGCCGACGUUUCGCACACUUUAGGCCCUACAACCUCCCCAGCUUCAGGCUCGACUCCCGCCAGCCAGCCUGAGCUCAUGUCUUCUGUGUCUGAGACCCCGCGUUCUGUGCGCAGUUCACCAUUUGGAUGGAGAUUCUGCAAAGGACAGGGAGCUGUAUCAUUGGCCAGAUCGUCUUUUAUUAGCCCUUGGGGAGAGGAACAGAGAGAAGAGCACGUGAUAAGCGCUGUUGCCGAUGGCUGUAAUAGCCGAGAAGAGUUGCAGCCAUUAAAGACGGAAGAAUCUAAGACGAGCACUUUGGUCUCUGAGAUACCAGCGAAAACCACUGCUCAAUCAAUUUCUACAAGCAUCAGCAGCCUGGCCCCCAAUAGUCUACGGCGUCUGGUCGCAAGAUAUCGAGUGUCUUCGCCAACAGAGUGA